CAAACUACGUCUCAUCAUUGAAAACUCCAUACUUGAGAAGUUAAAUCAUUUGUAUCAUAUAUUUGGUUGAAUUUUUUUAAAUAGCCAUAUUUUACCCAUCAAGAUGGUACUACCUUCAGCUAAACCUUUUGAGGGAUUACACAUGCAUCUUAAUAUUUGCCAUCUCAGGUUCCCUGUGUUCAGUCACUCCAGCAGGUAUGAGCACCACCCCAACAAAAGAUACGGUAUUCCUGAUGGGCAUACAGAUCACCAAUCGGGUCUUCAAUGACUCCCUAUUGAAUCCCAAUUCCGAGGACUACAAGAAAAUGUAUGGCGAGGUCAGCCAAUUGCUUGCUGAUGUCUACAUGAGUCCUGCAUCCGGAACAGCAUCCACUUAUGAGGGUGUUGCAUCAAUGACUUUCAGAAAUGGAUCAGUGAUAGCAAACACUAUCAUGGUUUUCAACACAAAGAUMAUCAAUAAAUGGGUGGUCAAGUAUGACUUCGUGAAUCAUAUCCAAGCCAAUCCUUCUGCCUCUCUCCAGAUAAAUACAAAUUAUACUGAAUCAGUACCAGUUCCGGUUCCAAACUCAACCAUAACCAUCCCCACCACACCUCCUACAACAACAACUCACAUGACUGCAACCACUACUAACCCACCAAAAAUCACACCAUUGGCUACAAAUACAACUAUGAAAAUUCCAACAACUUCCACCCCAUUGGCUCCAAAUACAACUAUGAACAUUCCUACAACCUCCACCUCAUUGGCUCCAAAUAUAACUGCGACAAUUCCAACAACAACCACCCUGUUGGCUACAAAUACAACUAUGAAAAUUCCAACAACGUCAACCCCAUUGGCUCCAAAUACAACUAUGAAGAUUCCUACAACUUCCACUUCAUUGGCUCCAAAUAUAACUGCGACAAUUCCAACCAGAACCACCCUGUUGGCUACAAAUACAACUAUGAAAAUUCCAACAACUUCCACCUCAUUGGCUCCAAAUAUAACUGCGACAAUUCCAACAACAACCACCCUGUUGGCUACAAAUACAACUAUGAAAAUUCCAACAACUUCCACCCCACUGGCUCCAGCUACAACUACCAAAAUUCCAACAACCCCAUUGGCUUCAAAUACAACAACAAAAUUUCCAACAACUUCCACCCCAUUGGCUUCUAAUACAACAAAGAAAUUUCCAACAACUUCCGCCCCAUUGGCUCCAUCUAAAACUAUGAAAAUUCCAACAACAACCACCCCAUUGGCUUCAACUAUAACUACGAAAGAUCCCUCUUUUGACAAAACCACACAAGAUCCAAUUGGCGUAGUAACCUUCUCUUCCACUAUAGGCAGUGGAAAGAGAAACAAUAGUGUACUCAGAACAUCCAGUCCUACAAAUAUGUCAUCUUCAAUGACAACUGGUGGUUCAGGAGGAAACACAAGUCAUGGUGCCAGUCCUUCACCUGGGACGGUGGACCCAGCAACAAACAGUAAGAGACCAACCAUUUCCCCAUCCGGCAAAUUAACCAACCAUCCCCUGAAGCCUUCCACCAGGCCUCAGUCAAGCACCACAACUAAAUCUAGCACAACUGCAAACGCAGCAAACAGGGGUGUUGGUGGUGGGUUCAGUGACUGGGUACCGGGAUGGGCCAUUGCUCUGUUGGUGUUAGCCGCUGUCAUCCUGCUGCUCCUCAUUAUCAUCUUCAUCAUGAUGGUGGUGCGCUGGUGCUGUAAAAGGUCAGAUGGUCCGUACGCUCAUGAAAAAAAGAGCAUCCCCAACAUGGACUCUUUCCCCACAUAUGUCCCCCAAGCCCAUGUACAGGAGCAACCCAAUGGCAAGACCUUUGAGACUAUUGAUGACCCACAAAAGAAGAAAAAAACAGGCAUGUACAUAGUGAACCCCUGAGCAGAAGAUGUGGAGAUCACAUACCAACAGGCAAASUCUUGUCUGCAGAACAAGAUCUGACAAAGAUGAGCUACAAGCAAAACCAWGRCACAACCMCUGMAGAUACUGUAUAGUUUYUCAGGAAUUUAGCAUG